AUGGAAGACUUUUCCGAGAUCUACCCUUCCGUCGAACUGAAUCCUACCCAGAGUAACGGAGUCAGCUUUGAACCCGACCAGCCCGCUCCGAAUGGUCUCUCAUCCGCUGUGUACUGGCAAGGGCUGCCUGUAAGCCCCGGCACACCACAAUCUGGCUACUAUCUAUAUCCCAAUCAAUACGAAAGGCCACCUCCUCAUCCGCAUCAGUCCUCCAACUCUUCGUCGGGAAGGGACGGUCCUGGUGCGGGUGUGGCCAAGGUAGCGAUCCCCCGAGCUGCGCCGUACAGCAUCCACUCGCAGCGUCGCCGGUCGGCGCGAGCCUGCGAGCCUUGCCGACAGCGCAAGAUCAAGUGUGACGGCAACAAGCCUGUCUGUCGACAGUGCCACGAGCACAAUGUCACCUGUUCCUAUCUGGAUGUGAAGCGGGUGCGGGAUCAGAAGCAGUUGGAGGUUUUGUCCCGCCGAGUCAAAGUGUAUGAGAGUUUACUGCGGGACUUGGAGGCGGAGGUGGACGCGAACUCUGCGCGACGCAUUAGGAGGACUCUAAAGACACCCAACGGCGACAACGACAAUGACGGCGCGCUAUCGGACAGUUCCAGCUCGUCGGUCGGGUCGCUCAACGCCAUCGAUCUGGUCGAAGAGGAUCUGAACCGAAGCCACAAGACGCGAGCGACAGGGUACUUUGGGAAAAACUCCGAGGUGACCUGGAUGCAGAAGCUGGAGGACGAAGCCGAGAACCGCAAUCGCAUGUUCGACGGUAACUUCGAGACUCUGGGUCUGGACGAGCAAGAACAGCCGCAGCAAAAGAACGAUGUCCCCAUCGCGACGAUGAGCUACCACCUCGAUGAUCUGAACAUCCCCCUCAUGGACGAUGUCGACCCGUAUGAGUUGCCGCCGAAGGAAGUCGCGGACCGGUUCUUCGCGGCGUACAUGGAGUCGGUCCAUCCGGCGUUCGAGGUGAUCCGGAAGACUAUUUUUGCGACCCAGUACCGGCAGUUCUUCAGUCAGCCGUCCAAGCCGCCGAGACGAUGGCUGGCGAUAUUGAACAUGAUCUUUGCCUUGGGUUGCCGAUAUUGUGUCUUGUUGAACGAUGCAAUCGGCGUCGGAAGCGAUGAGGACUGGGACGACCUCGUCUACUUUAACCGCGCGCGGAAACUGUGCCUGGGCGAGACCGCGCUGUUUGAACAUACAGAUCUACAGCAGAUCCAGGUGGAGAUACUGGUGGCCCUCUAUCUGCUAACCUUGGGCCAAAUCAACCGUGCCUCCAACUUUGCCAGCAUGGCCUUCCGCUCCGCGCUGUCGCUCGGAAUCAACCUGCGGUUUGAGGACGACCGGACGCAUCACGCGUCCAAGGAAGCCCGCAGCCGGCUGUGGUGGUCCAUCUACGUGAUCGAGCAUCUCCUGACGGCCACGACGGGGCGCGCCUCGUGCGUCAGCGAAGGUCUCAGCGCGGCGCCGCUCCCCAUCCCCUUUGAAGAAGAAAACUUUGACAAGCCGCACGUCCUCCGCCUCUUCCAGAACCCAUCGCCCCGGGCCAGUCAUCUCAAGCUCACCAUCUUUGAGACAGACGAAGAAGCCCAGUCGAAAGCGCAGUGGCUUGCCAGCUGCGAACCCAGCCCCUCGCUCUUCUUUCAUUGUUUGGUCGACCUCUGCACCAUCACCCAGGCCGUUAUCAACAAAAUCUACAGCAUCCAAGGCCUCCGCGACACAGCCUCUCAACUCGAACAGCGCGUGCGCAAAUACUCGGCGAACCUGGACACCUGGCUCGCCCAGUUACCUCCGGUCUACCGCUUCACCUCGCAACCGCACCCACACGACACCCUACACCUCCCCGACGAUGCCUUCAUGCGCGAACGCGUCUGCCUCGCAAUCGCCUACUACAGUGCGCGGAUAACGAUCAGCCGACCCUGUCUGACCCAUGCGCACCCCAAGUCCUCGAAGGAUCCUUCCUCGAAGGAACCCUCGUCCCCUGCCUCCCCUUCCCCCUCCCCAGACGCAGCCCUCAACCCCAACCCCAAAUCAACCACCCGCUCAACCUCCACCAUCACCACCACCACCAUCAACGAGCCCAACAGCGGCCCCAGCAACAGCAGCGGCACCACCAGCGGCACCAUAAGCGGCACAACAAGUGGCAACACCACUGGCAGCAACCGCCGCACAAACCUCUCCGCCUCCUGCCUCCGCUCCGCCUGCACCCUCAUCUCCAUCCUCCCCGAAACCCCCGAUCCAGCCUGGCUCCUCCGCUUCUCCCCCUGGUGGAGCAUCCUCCACUACAUAAUGCAAGCAACCACCGCCCUUUUACUGGGGUUAUCAUCCUCCGCACCCCUCCCCUCCACCCCCGUCCCCAACGCCGCACCCUUCGGCCCCGCCCCCGACACCGCGGCCGUCAUCCGCUGCACCAAGAAAUCCCUCCGCUGGCUGCAUGCCAUGGGGUCCGUCAAUGCCGCGAGUCGGAGGGCGUUCGUCCUCUGCGAUAGUUUUAUGCGGCGCAUUGCGCCCAGUAUGGGGGUUGAGGUGGGUGAUUUGCCGGAUGUGGCAGGGUUGCCUGCUUCGACGCCGACCGUUGCGAAUUCGAGUUCGAGUUACAUGCCGGGUGGGAAUGGGAAUGGGAAUGGUAAUGGCAACGGUAACGGCAAUGGAAAUGGAGGAGAGGCGUCGGAUGGGGCUUGGUGUUGA